AUGGAUCCUGGGCAUUACUCAAUGCAAAUGCCACAAUCUCCAUCUCAGCUACCCGCUUCUCAUGUCAAGUUUCACCACCCUUAUUUCUCACCUGCAGACGUCGAGUUCCUAUCCGAGAAACAACGUGGAAAGCUCUCCGCACCGCAGGAACGUCUUCGCCAGCAGGCAUGUGCAUUCAUCGAAGCAGUUGGCUUGAAGAUCGGUUUGAAGACGAUUGCGACGGCCCAAAAUUUGUACCACCGCUUUCAUUUGUUCUUUCCGUGGAAGGAAUUCAACUAUUAUGACGUCACGAUGGCUUGUCUUUACGUCUCGACGAAGAUGCACGACACUCUAAAGAAGCCGCGAGAUAUCCUGAUGGUGUCGUAUACUGUACGCUUUCCCGAACUCGCGGCACGUUCCAAAGCAGUUGGAGGUGAAGUUGAAAUCGAUCCUGCGACAGUUGAGCAAGAUCGGCAACAUCUACUAGGCAUCGAACGACUCGUACUGGAAACCGUUUGUUUCAACUUCACCGUGCGCAUGUCGUUUCCAUACGUCAUCAAAAUCGGACGGUCUUUACGCGCAUCAAAAGCUCACACUCGCUUUGCAUGGAGACUCGCUGUUGAUAGUAACCGAACGUUAGCGCCGUUGCAAUAUCCGCCUCAUGUCGUUGCACUGGCUUGUAUAUAUCUUGCGGCUUUGUUAUCGACGUUUGAGCAACCUUCGGAACCUGAGCCUCCUGCAAAUACACGUUCAUGCGCUGAAGUAGUUGCCAUGCUUGAGAAGGGUGGUGAAUGGGAGCAUACGUACAAAGCUUGUAUAGAGGAUUUGGAAGAAAUAUGCCACCAUUUACUCGAUCUCCUCAUUCACGCUGCUCAAAAUCCCUCAGCGACAACGUCUCCAAGCACACCUUCCUCACCAUCCCCUCACGCCUACGCAUCUCCUCGCACACCACACCAUUCACACUCUUCCUCUCUACAUCCUUCCCAACAUCAACAUCAACAAGCUCAACAGGCCCCGCCACCUCCGCCAUUCAAGCAUGAUUGGCUCUUACGGUUAAAGAUUCAUUUACGGGAGGUAGAGCACCCCGCGCGGCCACGCGAUACUGAUUCUGGUGGGUCGACGAUGCCGACAGGGUUCGAUGCUGGUGGUGUGGCAGAAGACGUGUUGAACCGGAGUGGAUCGGUGGAUACUGAGGGACUUGGGAGGAAUGAGGGUACUGUGAGGUUUAUGUUUAGGCCUCAGAGGUUUGUGGGUUCGGUUUGA